AUGUCUUCUCUCCCAUCUCAUCAAUGGCGCUUCUCGGAUCCGGCUUCACCAACGAGGUAUUAUUUUCGAUCCGGUUUGGCUUCUUCUUCUAUUGAAGUUGGGUUGGAGAAGGUUAGCUUGACCGUGGAUGAUGAGGCGAAGGGGGAAACUAGUUCUGCUGAGGCUGAGAGUGAAUCCUCAAGCUCUUCUUCGAGCUCUAGCGCUAGUAGUAGCAGUGAUGAAGAAGAAGAAGAGAGUGAAGAGGAAGAAAGUAAUAAGGAAAAGAAUUUUGAGGACCAGAUGGUCAUGGGUAAAGAGAAUGAUGUGGCAGAAGAACUUGAAGAGGGCGAGAUAUAG